GGUUGUCCGUGUACGCGUGCGUAAUGACAUAGUUUGAGUUACCUGGCGGAACACACCUGGUUCGUCACAACAACAGUCAACAACUCCACAACUCCGCGUGAACCGUGGCCGGGAAAGCCACGCAACGUGUCUUAGAGAACAUCGCAGCUUCGGGAGACCACGCUGGACUGAAACCACAACACAUCAGCCAAGAAAUCACAAGUUAUUCCCGAGUUCCAAGGACAAGGAGGUUUGGUCGGGUCACCUUUGUGACUUACCAAGGGAACGGGACAAAAGGAAUUUGUCUAAGGCUUGGAAAGAUUGACUGUGGAUUUACUCCACCAUGACUUGACCACGAAGACACACUCUGCGACAGAAGGAAGAAAAGAGAACAUAAUCUACAAGUAUCAGCAUGCCGACAGCAGGACGACAGGGAAAGUCGGGAGGGGGGCAGCGGACAGGUGCUGCCAAGAACCCCCGGGAACAGUGGAUAGCAGCCAUGAGAGGGCGGACAGGAGCUCUGACCGGUUGUAUCCGGAAUGGUGUGGACACGGGCCGUCCCCCCAGUAGGAACGCAGCCACAGCCAGCUCCAGUCAGUACCUGAAGUCUGUGAUGACGGGACGGACAUCAUCCACUUACAAAGAGGUGCCCCUCACGCAGAAAUUGCCAUCAGGGACCCCAGCUUACAAGCCUCAGGAAGACAUGUAUGAUGAAAUUAUUGACUUAAAAAAGACUGUAGUUCAGCAGAAAACAGAGAACGAUACUUUAAAAUCCCGACUGGGUCGGCUAGAGGAAGCAAACAAAGCAAAGGAAAAACAAAUAGAGCAGUUACUGGACCCCACAAAGAGUAAUGCCCUGAAGGCAGCAGUGUACAACAGUAAACCAGACGGCACUACGAUGGUAAAUAAUCAGAAGCAGAGAAUAUUGAAACUAGAGCAGACCAUCAGAGAACGGGACAACACAAUCAGUGCUAUGAAAGAUGACAUGAGAGCCACCCGGCUACAGGAGUUGGAAAUGCAGGCAGACAUCUACUUUCAGGAGAUGCAGAGACUACAAGCUGCACCUCCGUCUUCAAAGGAAAGGCCCCCAUCCAAGGAGUCUAGUGCUAAGGUUAAGGCUCUAAAUGACACCAUCCUGAGGCUAACAGACACCAACCAGCGGCUGCAGGCAGAGAACAAGGGCCUGCGACAGGACCUGGACAAGGCUAUGGAAGGGGACAGGAAGGAACUCCUGGAGAAGAUCAAGAAACUAGAACAGGAUAGGAUGGGCUCCCAAGUUUCCCUGGCUUCUUCAAAAGGAGAUGACAAAAAGGAUAAUGAGGACUACAAGAAGGACAGAGACAAGCUGAAGUCCACAGUCCACAAGCUGAAGGAGGAACGCAACUUUUACAGGAACGAAGCACAGGAGAAAGAGAAGGAGGUUAAGGACCUGAAUGCAGAAGUGGCUCGUCUGCGGGAGAAGCUCAUCAAGAUGAAACAGGAGAGGCUGGCGCGGGAAAGAGAAGAGCGGGAGGCCAAACAGCAAGACUCGGCAGCACGCAGCAUACAGAAAAACUGGAGAACUCAUCGAGCGAAGGAGGAGGGGAGAGAGAUGAGGAAACGUCUGAUGGCCGAGAGGGAGGAGGAAAAACACCAGGAGAGGGAACGAGAGAGGGAGAGAAGGGAGAGAGAAGAAAAGGAGAAGCAGGAACAGGACAUGGCUGCUGCCAAGAUACAGAAGAAUUGGAGAAAGCACAAAACAUCGCGUCAGAAAGAAGAGGAGCUUAAUCAGGCCGCCCAGCUGAUCCAGUCGAGCGCCCGUGGACACUUCGCGCGGCAGCGGCAGCUGGGGGAGGAGUCAGAGACGGAGGAGGAGUCCAGCAGUGACAUGGAGACGGCCGCCACGAGGGUACAGUCCUCCGUACGUGGCCACUGGGCACGCUCAGAGCAGCUGCAGGACAAAGAGAAGAGCCCCCGCAGGAAGAGUUUGGAUCGUGAUGAGGCAGCCAUGUUGAUCCAGUCAUCUGUCCGGGGACACUGGGGCAGACAGAACCUCAUGGGAGAAGAGGUUGGCAGUAAGAGUGACAUGGACACCACCACCGGUGACGACAGCAGUGAUGAGGAUGUUGUGGUAGUCUCACGACCCUCUAGCAGACCCUCCAGUAGGCCACCAAGCAGACCCCCUAGCAGACCCUCCAGCAGAGGGAGUUUAAGGAGCACUGCCUCCGGUGACAGGGUGAGGGACCCACCGGUUCCUAGCCGCUCGUCCCUCGGGUCUCGGUCAUCGGAGUCUGCUGCUGACGUGCGUACGGCCUCCCCUAGUAAUGCCAGCGACUCAGACUCAGACGUUGUCAUGCCAACCAUCCGUAGACCCACCCCUGCCCCCAGACGGAUCAUGGAGGUGUCCAUGCAGGCAGACCACCCUCCAGAACUCUCACACAACAUGACGGUUACCGACAUGCUACAGGCUAUUGUUACAGAAGAUGACUACAAGAGAUGGAGGAAGGAAAACGGCAUCGGCGAGAAGAAGAAGAAGAAAAAGAAGAUGCCGCGAAAAGGUCUGAAUGAGCUGAAGUCUGAGAGCUCCGACCUCUCCGAGAAGAACGCACGGACGGACGGACGGAUGUCGUGGGCGGACAUCAUCGAGCUGGAGGAACGGGACAGCCAGUCGGACGACUCCGCGGACCAGGACACCGCAUGGGCAGAGGCACGGCGGUCUCCUAGCCCGGAUAGAGCUAGCUUGGACAGGAGACAACAGGCGGUGCCUACCACAAAGGCAGUAUCUCCAGCCGAAACACUGAAUAGUUCGUAUCAGAACGACACAGAAAACAAAGACCCUAGGACCAAAAAAGACAUAACCGUAAAAGCCGCCAAACGCCCUGAAAAAGGCACUGCCAAGAAACCCAGUGAACGCGAACGCGAAACACCUUCUUCGACAGAGUGUAGAACUCCAGCAAAGGCAGUACAUGUAAAUGGCUCACAUGAAGACGACACAGAAAGUAAGGACUGUCCUUCUAGGACCAAAGAAGACACUAUCUAUAUCUUAAAAACCGUUACACUUUCUGACACUGCCAAGAAAACCUAUGAAAACGAAACAACUUCGACAGAGUGUACUACAGACGAUGGCAUCGCAAAGUUGCAAACUCCAGUGAUCACCAGGAGCCAACAGGAAACAAGUGAGAAGCCAGCGUCCCUCACGUGCACAUCGGGGGCGGAGAAGGACACAGAUGAAUCGAACUCGGAGACAGUACAAAGCGUCAGGACAACAGAGGAUUGCCAAAGAAAGGGAACAAGGAAGUCGGGCCAGCCCCGGCUGACGGCCGAGCAGCACGGGCAGCUGCAGGAGCUGCGGCGGCGGUUCUCGUCCAUCCCCCCGCUGACGUGGCAGAGACUGCGCGCUGUGCUGGAGAACCACCCCGCCAUGCUGGACAUGGAGCACGAUCACAUACUCACCUACCUCAGCCAGCAGCCGCCCAGGGUCAUGAGCAAGGCCGUGGACAACCUGCGGAAAGACUGUUACCAGAAAAUGCGGAACCCCUGGAACUUCCUCCAGGCCCUGACGGAAGCCGCGGCCCGGGAAUACAUCAGUCAAUCAGGCUACAGCGGCGCGGUCUAACAUCCGGAGGCCGUGUGUAGACAGCAAUAGCUAACAGAUUACGGGAUGAACGUUACGACAUUUUUAAAAAGAAAUAACGUUAGUGUCUUUCUUGUACAGUAAAUUGUCAUGAGAAUUUUAUGGUACAUUUAGAGUUUCAGACGCUGCAUUAGUCUACCACAGCGUGGUCUAGCAUUGGGCGUGCCACUGCGUGCACAGUACUGGAGAAUUUACUACGGGAUGUAACGUUAUGAUAUGUUGUCAUUUUAAAGAAAUUUCCUUGUACAGUAAAUGUUUAGAAUUUUCCUUGUACAUAGUAAUGAAAUGUUGAUUUUCCGGUAACUUAUAGCAGGCUACUGGUAGUCAGUCGGACUUCAACAUCAUUUGUCGUGUGGUAAUAGCUAUGAAUUUAUGUUUAACAGAAUGCAACAAUACGAUAUGUCAACAUUUUAAAGACAUGGACAUUUCCUUGUACAUAGUAUAUGGCCAUGUGGAUUUUCCAGUAAUUUCAGCAGACUACUUUUACAGUUUACUCUUCGUCUUGGGAACUUUUAACGACUCGGUAAUUGUGACGUCGACUGAAAAGCUAAUCCAUGUUUGUACGCGUUUUGACCAAUUUAGUUGUAGUGAGUCGUUAGGACCCACGUAAUGCUAACUAAUCGUCUUCAGUGUGACCGUGUGCAAUAUGGUAAAAUUUUAAUGUCUAUAAAUGGUUGUAAUUAUCACUAAUCGUGCACUCUUUGUAACAUCGUCAGUAAAAUUUAUUCUGCUAUUAGAUUGAAAAUGCCGUCUGAUCAGUAUAUUGUAUCAGAAGAUUUGGGCACAUACCAUACUGUACGCUGUGAUAGCAGUUCUGAUUGCCACGUUGCUAGAACGUCUGGUACAAAAUAAAUGUCCAUAGUCAAUGUGAA